GGACGACUUUUCAUUCCCAGAUCUUAGUCCUCGCACGUCCGUCAGACAAUAUCUUCUAGUCUUCUGAUGCCAUCGAUGAAACCAUUACAGUGGUUGUCGGCUGCAAUGUUCCCAGAUACGCAUGAUAGCAGGCAAAUUAGGCUGCAGUAUAAGUUCUCAGGUCAUAUUGGCCUUGUGAACUCUUUGGCCCUACUCUUGCUUUCAAACUUGACAUGCUUUGGUCUUUGGUCCUCCUUCUGGGCGUUGCCUCGCCCUUUGGUGUCGUCGCUAACCCACUCGCUUCCAAACCCUGGAGCGACCUUGUUGAGAAGCAUUCUUGGGCGGAGAUUCCUCGCGGAUGGGAGCACGUCCGUUCACCCGAUCCAGAACACAUCCUUGAAAUGCGCAUCGGCCUCAAGCAGAAUAGGAUUGAUGAGCUGAUCGACAGUUUAUAUCAAAUCAGCGACCCAAAACACGAUCGCUACGGAAAACAUCUGUCAAAGGAGGAAGCUGAUGCUUUGGUGGCUCCUCAUCCCGAUUCUGUUGAAGCGGUCGAAUCUUGGCUUUCUCAUCACGGCCUCAACACUGACGAUAUCACCUUCCGCUCGGGAGGAGGAGAAUGGAUCGUCAUUCCAAUGACUGUUUCUCAGGCGGAGACCAUGCUAGGGGCAAAAUACGGAUUAUACCGUCAUUCUUCCUCGUCGUCCUACGUUGUCAGGACCUUGGGUUAUUCACUACCUCGUGAACUGCAUAAUCACAUAAACGUGAUAUCCCCUACGACCUAUUUCGGAACGAUACGCAGCAUGAAGGCCACGCAUUUCAUCCAAUCUGACGAAGUGGACUCGAUUCUGUCACCAAAUGCGGUGCCUCCAAGUAGUUGUGCCUCGCAAAUUACACCGUCCUGCUUACAAGUACUUUAUAACACUACGGGUUAUGUCCCCCAGGCCACCGACGUCAAUGUACUCGGCGUUGCAGGCUAUUUGGACGAGUUUGCAAAUCGUGCGGAUUUGCAGACCUUCUUUUCCGCUUUCCUACCGGGGGCAGUUGGAACCUCUUUCGAAACCAUAACAGUUAACAAUGGUGGAGACAACCAAAGCGACCCUGGCGUUGAGGCGAAUCUGGACAUCCAAUAUACCGAGGGGAUGUCAUUUCCUACUCCAAAUAUUUACUUCAGCACCGGGGGAUCUCCGCCCUUCGAUCCUGAUUCCCAGACUCCUACAAAUACGAAUGAGCCGUAUCUCGAUUGGCUGAACUUUGUGCUCGCCCAGGACACGAUACCCCAGACUAUCUCUACAUCCUACGGUGACGAUGAACAGACGGUCCCCAGCGAUUACGCAGUUAGCGUGUGCAACUUAUUUGCGGAACUUGGCGUUAGAGGCACUACAGCCCUCUUUUCUAGCGGGGACUUUGGUGUUGGCGGCGGCGAUUGUCUAACCAACGACGGUACUAACACUGUCUUGUUCCAGCCUGCGUUUCCAGCGAGUUGUCCAUUUGUGACUGCUGUUGGCGGCACCAUUGGUAUCAAUCCCGAAGUUGCUGUUGAUUUCUCGGGCGGUGGAUUUUCGCGACUCUUCCCGACACCAGACUAUCAACUCGAUGCUGUGAACGGUUUUGUAGAAGGACUGGGUAACAGGUUCUUAGGGCUUUUCAACCCCGGGGGACGUGCAUAUCCUGAUGUUGCAGCUCAAGGCCAGAACUUCAUUGUGGUCAUCGGCGGUCGCGCUUUCUUAGUGGGCGGAACCAGCGCAAGUUCACCGACGACAGCAGGUGUGAUCUCGCUACUGAACGACUUCCGUCUGUCAAACGGUCAGAGCUCGCUGGGAUUCAUUAAUCCGUUGAUCUACGCCAACCCAGGGGGAUUCAAUGAUAUUGUAUCUGGAACUAAUCCAGGAUGCGGUACUCAAGGUUUUUCCGCUGGAAAAGGUUGGGAUCCUGUGACUGGUCUUGGUACCCCGGACUUUUUGAAACUUCAAGCCAUUGUUUCGGCGUGAGUUUGAUGGUGGACUUCACAUAAAUAUGGAAAGAGCAUAUCUUCACCACCUUAUGGAUCCCUGUUCAGUGGGAAAGGGCAUGCUUCGUAAAGUCCGAC